AAAGGCGCGUAGGGCGCUUCAAAUACGGCUGUAGGAAAAGACGCACGGAGAAGAGCCGGAGAUUUCACAUCGGGCUCGUGCUGACACCGUGGUGCUCGUGCUGACAGAGGUUUGAGAGGUCGGAGAAAUAGAGACGAUAUAAGCAAAUUAACAAGCAAACAGUAAAUAAAUAAAUAAAUAAAAUCCGGUGCACCUGCAUUUGCUUGAAGGCACGGACUGUAGAGAGAGGAGCACACCGCGCUCGCGCUGACACUGGGGCCAUCCGGCGUCGGUUGGAGGGCUGAAUGAGCCAACAGCUUUCUUCGAUCUUGUAGAAGCCUGCUUUUCUGAAGCAUCAGCAAGUGAGUGUGACCAGUACUUGAGAUCUCCCAACAGACCUUCAGCAUGAAGAGAACUGCCAUUUCCACUCCAUUGCUCUCCAUCUGCCUCGUUCUGAUUGCAUGUCGCUGUUCCCUGGCAUCGUCAUUCUGCCCGGCGCAGUGUGUUUGUGAAACACGGCCUUGGUACACCCCUCAGUCUGUGUACCAUCAGGCGAAGACAGUGGACUGUAACGAACUCCAUCUGAGCACCAUCCCACGAAACAUAUCUUCUGACACUCAGGUGCUGCUUCUCCAGAGCAACAACAUCUCCGUGGUGACUUCAGAACUGCGGACUCUUGUCAACCUCACCGAGUUGGACCUCUCUCAGAACCACUUUACACAAAUCCUAGAUGUCGGUCUGGGCAACUUGACCCAGCUGGUCACCCUUUACCUGGAGGAGAAUCAAAUUACCGAACUGCCUGAUUUCUGCAUGAAAGAUUUAAUCAGCUUGGAGGAGCUUUAUAUAAAUCACAACCAGAUUUCCUCAAUUGGCCCACAUGCCUUUUCUGGCUUAGGGAACCUGCUUAGGCUCCAUCUAAAUUCAAACAAAUUGGUGGCUAUUGAUAGUCAGUGGUUUGAAUCCCUUCCGAACCUGGAGAUCCUCAUGAUAGGUGAGAACCCUAUACUUGGAUUGGAGGAUAUGAACUUUCGCCCUCUUUCUAAAUUGCACAGUUUGGUUCUAGCUGGCAUGGGCCUCAGGGAAAUACCUUCUGGAGCUUUCCAAGGACUGGAAUACCUAGAGAGUCUCUCAUUUUUUGAUAAUAAACUGACAAAAGUGCCCAGAGAUGCACUGCGUGCUCUACCAAACCUAAAGUUUCUCGACCUCAACAAGAAUCCUAUCGUGUAUGUGCAGGCAGGUGAUUUCCAGGACUUUGCCCACUUGGAAGAGCUCAGCAUGAACAACAUGGAGGAGCUUGUGUCUGUGGAAAAAAAUGCGUUUUCCAACCUCCCGCAGAUGGCCAAGUUGGAGGUUUACAACAACCCUCGUCUGUCUUAUAUCGACCGCGAAGCUUUCCGCAGCAUGGCUAGCUUGCGCACUUUGCUGUUCCACAACAAUGACCUCACCCUCCUUCCUCAUGAAGUUUUAGCCUCCUUCCCCAACCUGGAUGAGGUCAGCCUCCAUAGUAACCCCCUCAGGUGUGACUGCCUCUCGAUAUGGGGGUCAAUCGUUGGUAACCAGUCGAGUCUCAAGCUUCUGGAAUCCAAGAUCACAAUGUGUGCCUCUCCUCCAAACCUGGUAGGGCACUCUCUCCAGGAAGUGGUGUCAAAUAACUGGGACAUGGCAAGUAACACCUGUCUGCCAGUCAUAUCCUUGACUAGUUUCCCUCCCAAACUCAACGUCACAGCCGGUCAACCCCUGACGCUUAACUGCCGUGCCGUGGGUGACCCUGUCCCUCAGUUCUACUGGGUAACGCCAACAGGUGACAAAGUCACCUCAGAAGUGGUAUCCCCAGCACUAAAUGAGGGCAACAGUGGCACAAGGAAGCACAGAAUGCAGGACCAAGGUGCUCUGGAAAUCCUCCAUGUUGAACCGGAGGACGCAGGUUUAUAUACGUGUGUGGCGUGGAAUACAGAAGGCGCAGACACCCGAAGUGUCUCUGUGUAUGUAGACAAGAGUAACUGGCAUGAUGACCGACAGAAAAACAACCAGCAAGGGGGAAGGAACACCACUGGUGCCCUGGUUAUCCUUGCAAAAGUCAUCCACGCACAAUCAGUAGUAUUGGAAUGGAAAGUUUACCCAACGACCCGUGCCUCCAGCCACGAGAUGCCACAACCCAAGUGGCUCAGUGCCACUAUGAGAAUCAACAACCCCCACAUUAGCUACACGGCAAAGGUCCCGGUGGACGUUCAAGAAUACAACCUGACGCACCUGCUACCCUCAACAGAAUACCAAGUCUGCUUGACCAUGGCCUCGACAGAGCAGCAAACUCAGCAGUCCUGCAUCAAUAUCACCACCAAAGAAGCCAGCUUUGCUGUGGAGAUAGUCGCCCAACCGAGCAACGUCGCCUUGGCAGCGGUGAUGGGCUCCAUGUUUGCCAUCUGUAUCAUGGCGCUGCUGGUGUUUUACAUGGGAAGACGUAUAAAGCAGAAGUCUUGCCAUCACUCGUUGAAGAAGUACAUGCAACACGCCACCUCGAUUCCCCUCAACGAGCUCUACCCACCGCUCAUCAACCUGUGGGAGAACGAGACUGAGAAAGAGAAAGAAGGGUCCGUCGACCCACAAAGCUCACAGAUAGACACCUCAAAGACCUACAUGUGGUAGUUCAGUACAGGCGUAGAGAGACAAAGAGACACUUGAAACAAAGUAUGUAUGGUGCUGUACAUAGACGAUAAUUGUACGUAGUUACUUACUAAGAUGUCAUUGUGAAAGACGUAUUUUUAGACUGUAUAACCCUCCAUAGCCGCAACAACUCUCAACUUAUUCGGGUACGGUUGUGAAGUGGUUAUAUAUAUAUUAUAUAUAUAUAAACAGAGUAGAUGAAUUUUUAAAAAGUGCCCAGCCAAACACACCCCUGCAAUAAUCUCGCAUUACGUUUUCUGUGAACAUUAAGCAUGCAGAUAUAUGAAUUAUUUGUAUCAUUUACUAAUCAUAGAAACAUUAAUAUCUGUCAUGAAACCAAAACCUUCACUGCACAGGCUGUUGAAAGAGUCGAAGGUAGCAUAUUUUUUGGAUUUCUUGCAUGGUGUUCUUGCAUGCUGUUUCGGUUAGUUCUUUACAAGUACCUUCAUUUUUCUCAUGUCUUAAAAUACAAAGGUGUGGUGAGAAGCUUAUAAAACAAACACACACACCUUCUGUAUCCAUUCCAAUGUUUAUCACCUCCACUGAAUUCACAAUUUUUAUCUGCCAGCUGUUGUGAAAAUCCCUAUUACCUGCAACUAAUUAGCUGUCAAGCAUAAUUAAUAAUUGCUACAGCAACUCCACAGCUAUGUGUGUUCAGUUUUUACUUUUGGAUCUCACUUUAUUGAACUGUGUAUGUAGAUAUUUUUAUUAUUACUAUAAUUAAUACACCUUUUUCCCCCCACUUGGUACAAGUUUGAAUGAGGUGUCAUAGAGAAGCCCGGGAUAAUUUAUUUUAGAAAACACCUACGGUCUGUCACGUAUAGAAAAAAAGAGCUAAGGUUUAUAAAUAAUAGAAAUGGUGACACAGUGUUGUUGUUUUUUUUUGGCUCUGUACUCCAGCACAGGGAAUUUAAAAUCAGCUUAAACUGCAAAGGCAAAGCUUUUUUAAGACAGCGUUUUCCCAGUUUCUGACACCGUACGUCUGCUAGGUUUCCCACUGAAUGUAAAUAAUCACCUGAUCACUGAAUUCUGAGCACUUUCAGCGUUCUUCAGAUAGAUAAGAAUAUUCCACCUUGGAAUAUGGCCCUGAAAAACUGUAUAGAAGAAGCAGAGCAGCUCUUAAACCGUUAUCGGCACAUCACUUCCUGUUUUGUGUUAUCAUUUUUGUUUUCAAAUAUUUUAUUUAAUUGACAUAUUACCCUUUUCAAUUAUUAUUAUUAUUAUUAUUAUUAUUAUUAUUAUUAUUAUUAUUAUUAUUAUUAUUAUUAUCUUAUUUAUAACAUUAUCAUGGCUUGUGCUGCGAUCCAGAAUGCAGUCAUGUCGGAAUGGUCGUAUUUACGAGUUAUACUCCAUCAAAAAGUUGUAAUUACGAGUGAUUUUCAGUAAGAAAAAAAAACGUAUUGAAAGGUUAUUUAAAAGAAGGAACACCUUCGUCGUACAUCUAUGGAUGCACUAAAGUGAUUUGAAUGCACCUGAGGUCGUAAUUACGACAUUUUGACUCGUAAAUACGUAAAGUUUUCAGGAGGACUUAGGUGUGUAGCUUCUCCAUUGCAUUUAUACAUAGCUGCAUACCAAAUUAAAAAAGUUUUGUUUUUCUAAAGUCUAAAAAAUUAAUAUGCUUUUAGCCCAGGCUAUUUAUUUACUAUUUAUUUAUUUAUUUGUUUAUUUAUUGUCAAUGUUGCUAUUACAUAAUAAUAUUAAUAAUAUUAUUAAUAAUAAUAAUAAUAAUAAUAAUACCAUUCUGUAAAAUAAAAAUGUUGGGGAAUUUUAAUUCAUGCUUGAUUUUGUGCCGAAGAUGAACAGUAGCUUUUCUCUGAUUUAUACCUUUGUGUCAAAUACUCUUGAGCUUACGUUAUCUACACCUUGAUUUCUUCUUCAACUGUUUUUCCUCCACAACUGAAAGUGUGUAGUCGAUUUGAUAAUCGAUUUUCACAUAUAUAGUGACAUCUAGUGGUUUUAGCUUUAUGAUGGCGUUGAUAUCAGACGUUCCUUUCUUUUUCUUCCUUAUGGCUUAAGACAACCGGCUCCAGAAACAUCAGAUCACAUCUAAAUUCAGAUCUGUACCACUUGUUUAUUAUCCUGUGGAUGAAUUAGUGAUUAGUGUUUGUUUUUCUCUUCUCUUCUCUUCUCUUCUCUUCUCUUCUCUUCUCUUCUCUUCUCUUCUCUUCUCUUCUCUUCUCUUCUCUUCUCUUCUCUACUAAUCUG